AUGUCUUCAGAAAAAAUGUUCGUCUUUGUUAGUUUUCAUUCGUAUUUCAUUCACCCCAUUCAAGAAAAUGAGGGUCCAGAAAACCUCAGCCAAAAACUGCGCAAAAGCAGAGUUUGUGACGUCUUUCUCGAAAAAUUGUGUUCGAUUUUUUCCUUACAGCAGCCUCCUGAAAAAAAUUAUUUUUUUUAAAAGGUAGUCCUCCCUUUCUACAGUACUCUGAAGCCUCCUAGUGUGAUAAAAACUUUCUCAAUCACCAUCCUAGGUCCACUUUUUUUUCUCAAUAACAUUGGUUCAAACAUUUUAAUGACUCUACUCGACUCUAGAACUUUCAGAAGUACGCAAAGAGGAGUUUUAACUCCUCUUUGCGUACUUCUGAAAGUUCUAGAGUCGCUUACACGCCGCCAAUCUCGCCAUUGACAAAGCCAGAGCCGGAACGCUACAGUAUCGGCGUACUAACCAGCGGCGGCGAUGCUCCAGGUUAACUAUCGUAAUCUUAGAAUAACUAAGUCGACUAAACAGGUAUGAACUGCGCGAUUCGGUCAGUGGUCAGAGAAUCGAUGGCGCGUGGCUGUACUUGCUAUUUCAUCAAGGAAGGGUAUUUCGGUGGGUCUCAUUUAUUUGACUCCAGGAAAAGGGUAUGUUCCAGGACUGGUCACUGGAUUAUUCGAAGAAGCGACUUGGUCUUCGGUGUCUAAUAUAACUAAUCAAGGCGGUAGUAUGAUCGGCAGCGCGAGAUGCGAAGAGUUCAAGACUAAGGAGGGCCGGAAAAAAGUUUUUAAGAAAAAAACGUCUUCGGUUAAAGGAGUGGAAACCUGGCACAGCUUAAAAUUACAUUGAAGGCGGUUUUUCGCCUUGGCCGUAAUGAAAAAAUCGGUUAUUUCCUUCAGAAGCAGCAUGGAUUUCUGAACAAGCUACAGCUCAAACCAAUUUUCUCAACAUUUCAGGCGACGUUGAACCUUUUCAAACACGGCGUAUUUCAUCUAAUUGCAAUUGGCGGUGACGGAACCCUGACAGGAGCCAAUAUCUUGAAGGAAGAAUGGGGUACUAUAGUUGGUGAGUGUGAAAAAUCACGCAUUUUAGAUCUUUGACAAAACCACUUUUCUGAGAACUUUCAGCCUCAAGUAGAGUUGGAGGUGUUUGAUUUUCAAUGGACUGACCUUCUGAUUUGAGGAAUUUUAAAGAUAGUUUCAAAUCAAAAGACACGAAUUCCAGCCGAACUACUGGCAAGCGGAGCCAUCACGGCAGUUCAGGCCGACGCCGGCAAAGACCUCCGUAUUGUCGGCCUCGUCGGCUCUAUCGACAACGACAUGAUCGAAACGGACAAGUCCAUCGGAUCGGAUUCAGCAUUGACGAGGAUCGUCGAAGCUGUGGACAGCAUCGCCGCAACGGCUUCUAGUCAUCAACGCACGUUUGUAAUUGAGGUAAGGGAAAGUGGAGAGAAAAAAUAAUUGUUGAAGUUUGAAGAAAAAACAAGGAAAAAGUUUUUUUUUUCCUCAGGUGAUGGGUCGGAACUGUGGUUAUCUGGCCUUGACGUCAGCCAUGGCGCUUGAGGCCGACUACGUCUUCUACCCAGAGAAUCCUCCAAAUCCAGACUGGCCGGAUGUGCUUUGCGGCCGAUUGGAAGCCAUGAGAAAGGUGAAGUAUGAUAUGUUCUCUAGAGUAAACUACAACAUCCUGUUAGAAAUGAGCAGAAUAUGACCUUAGCUAGUCUUCAAAACGACGUUUCAACCUUUCAAUUCUCAGUAUACUGCUCAAAUCACUUAAGAAAUUGCUCGGAAACACAAGAAACACAAAAACGAUGAAAAGCAACUCACAAUUAAUAUAACCCUCAGAUCGGCAAACGCCUAAACCUUGUCAUCAUUUGCGAGAACUGUCACGACACUACAGGUAAUCGAAUUGAAGCAGAAGCAGUCAAAACACAGAUUGAGCUGAGACUAAAGGUCUUCAUUUUCAAAAGAAAUACGUCUUUUUUUUUUGUCAGUAUGAAGUCCGGACCGCCCACCUCGGUCAUUUGCAACGCGGAGGAACACCUUCGUUCCUCGAUCGCCUAUUAGGCUUGCGAAUGGGUUUCGAAGCCGUGAGGUCUUUGAAACUAGUCAGAAUGAUAAAUAACUAAAGAAUUGAUUUCAGAGAAAUCCUUCGUUCUGAUAUAGACAGCAAGGCCGACGCCAAAGUCUUGUGUUUGAAGGGCCACGCCAUCGUCAAGUGUAACAUGACUUCGGCCUUGAAUAGAACCAAAAGAGUAUGAGAAAUAUAUUCGAUUCGUUACUUUUAUAUUCUCCAGGUGGCCGAAGUCACGCGAACCGGCGACUACGACAUCGCCGCCGAGCUCCGAGGCCGCGGAUUCGUUUGCAAGCAAACUUUUAUGAAGUUGAUCUCGACGCCUCCGGUCGAAGACUUGAGCUCGACUUUGAAGCGGCUUCUCAUUAUUCAUAUUGGAUCGCCUUGCGCCGGUUAGUUUUGGUACAGGUGUUAGAAGCGUCAAGAUGAUGCUCAGAGCGGAAAUUAAGAACUCUCCAUGUUUGAAAGAAAAAAAGUAUUGAAAUUGUUUAUCCCUGGUUAGUUACAAAAAAUGGCAGCGAAAAGCUAACUAGAUGGGUGCGACCAACUAAAAACAACUCGCAAAUUGCAAUCUCAAUUUCUAAUGUCACACUUUUUUUUUUUAAUCCAAAACUGCUUCUCAGGAAUGAACUCGGCUACCAUGGCUUUUGUCCGAAUCGCCUACUACUCCCACGUCAGCGUCUAUGGCGUUCAGGGAGGCUGGAAUGGACUGAAGAAAAAGAGAUUUAUCGACCUCACUUGGGCUUCAGUCACCGGCUGGGCAUCUCAAGGCGGUAGCGCCCUCGGUGUCAGGUCUGCUUCGAAAUUCUUAUCCCAGACGGGAAGAUCAUUUCAUUUCAUGGUAAUUUCUUGAGUUGAGGAAUAUCAGAUGAUGACUCUGAAAGCCUCAAUAACCCGUAAAAUUCUCCAUUUUCGAGCUACGGUGUUUCAAAGUCGAAGAAGACCAUCAAAACUCGUUUAAACUGGGAAGGUUGAGACUUUCAGCAUCUUCACAUGGUGGUACUUUGAAGAGCAUUCGACCACGUUUAUAUUAAUAUCGAACGACAGAAUCAAAAUCUCAGAAAACAACUGCCAACGGAUCUUGAUGAAAUAGCGGCGGCCAUUGAUGAGAAGCAAGUCGAUGGAAUUUGCAUCGUUGGCGGCUUCGAGGCCUACAUGUCGGCCAAGAUCCUCACUGAGAACCGCACCAGCUUCCAAGCUUUCAACAUUCCGAUCGUCGUGGUGCCAGCUUCCAUUUCAAACAACGUUCCAGGAGUGAGGGGGUAGGGAAAUGGCUUUUCAUCAAGGCUGAGUUCAGACUUGCGUCGCUUUGGGCUCCGACACGGCUCUGAACGAGAUUUGUCGGCAAGUUGACAAUAUUCGUCAAGCGGCCGUUGGAAGUCACAACAAGUUGAAUUUUGUCAGAAAUCAAAGUAACGCCUCCAAUUUCAGAACAAUGAUAAUCGAAACGAUGGGAGGAAGGUGCGGCUACCUGACUACCUUGUCCGCUUUGGCUACCGGCGCCGACGGAGCCCUAAUCUACCAAAAACCGCACGACGAGAGUGAAAUACGUAGAUUGGCCCAGGUUGACUUUUUCUUCUUCUUCUUCUUCUUCUUCUUCUUCAACUUUCAACCCUCUUUCCGAUUCAAGAUCGCCAAGCAGAAAACGUCGACGAAAAGCGGCGAAAAGUAUAUUAUGAUGAGAAGCGAGGGCGCCAGCGACAUUUACACUUCCGCCGAUGUGAAGCGACUUUUCGAUGAGGAACUCAAAGCAACGGUAGUUUACACCGUAAAAUACCGUUUUGGUCAUUCCCAGCCAGUCUGAGAUUACCUUUGUCAUCCCUCUUUAACUUUUCGUCUCAAGGCGCUUUUCAUGAGAGUUUAUUGAUUCUCGUUUUGAAUAUUCGCGAUCUGGAUAAGUUCCUGAUUUUCGGCUUUAUUGGCUUGUAGUUCCAAGUUUCCACAUGAGCUUCUCCUCCUUCCACACCGGCUCAAAGCUAUUUUGUACUCUUCCUCAAAGUACUUUUUAUUUCCUUCCUUCUGAAUUUUUUAAAUCCUCUCAGGUAGCCUGCCGCCUGAAUAUUCUCGGCUACUCUCAGCAAGGCGGCUCGCCGUCCUGUUUUGACCGUCAGAUGGGAGCUCGGCUCGGUAUCCGUGCUUUCGAGGGCCUCUUUUGGCCUCAGAAGAUGGGCAAACGCGACUGUUGUGUCGUUGGUUUGUUCUUUUCUUUUCCAACCAAUGAGAUAUUCGAAAAAAAAAAAGUCUAGGACUCCGUGGUCGGACGAUCAAGUUUGUGCCGGUAUCUGGCCUCACUGAGAAAGUCUGCACCCGUCACCGAGUUCCACUGAUGCUCUGGUGGCUGGAUCUUCAUCCUCUCGUCGAGCACCUCACAUGUUGGUUGAUUUAUUCAUUUCUUUCACUGGUUCAUUUAGAGCGAGUUUUCCCACACUUUGACAGACUCACAUUUUUGAAGGCCAUCAACCCAAACAUCAAAAUAUCGGAAAAUGUACUAAUUUUUCAGACCAAAACAAUGAGAAAGCCUAA